GUGGAUGAUUACUUGGAUGAUUACUGCUUAGCAGGGAUGGUGAUUUCCCGACAAUAAAAUAUGGAGUAGAUCAGCAUCCAUUUCUAUUACUUAUUGAAUUGAUAAAAUUUCAAUGUCAAUACAUAUUUGAAAUUAACGGUGGUUUUUCUGUACGGCCCUGCCAGUUGGCGGAGUCAACAGUUCCGACUGAUCAGAUUUGAGCAAUGAAGCAGAACCCGGAGGACUGUCCACUCUUUCAUCAAAUUCAGCCAGUGUGCAUCAGCAUCAUUGAUGAGCCAACAGUGAAGAAUGUUGAGCACCUGAGCGCCAUCGUCCAGCGGAACCUGCACGAUGUGGGCUCCCUCCAGGCGCUGCAGGAGUACAUCCUGUUUCCGGCGGACACUGUGCUGCGGCUGCGCGGCAGGGAGGAGAAGCUGACCAUCGCGGCGCUGCAGCUGAUGACCGACGUGCUGGGCCGCACCAGUACCAGCAGUGCCGGCCUGGCCGCCGACCUGCUGCCGCGCCUGUUUGUGCUGCUGGGCGGCGGCUGCGGGCGGCCGGCGUCCAGCGAGGAGCUGCGGCUGGCGGCGGCACGCUGCGGCACGGCGCUGCUGCUGAGCUGCGCCGGCCCGGCGCUGGACGCCGUCUACUCGGAGCGCGGCCGGCUGCCGCUGGGCCACGCCGUCUUCCAGCUGACGGCCGCCGUCCGCUCGGAGCGCAGCCGGCCGCUGCGGCUGGCCGCCCUGGACGGCCUGCUGGCCUGCGCCGGCGCCGAGCGGCCGCGGCUGCCGGCCGCCGCGCGCCGCCGCUCCAGCCGCGUGUUCGUCGCCCUGCUGCCGGGCGUGCUGAGCGCGCUGCACGCUGUCUUCACGGGCGACCCGAAGCAGGGCCACCGGGUGGUGGCCGGCGCCGUGCGCGUCUGGGCCGCCCUCGUGCGCCACGUGCUGUCUGACGCCGCGCUGGCGGCAGACGCCAAGCAGCCUCCUGCGCCGGACGCGGACCAGCGGCUGCCCAGUCUGGCGCGCACGGACGCCUGGCUGCGCUCGACGGCCGCGCGGCUGGAGCCGAUGGUGCGCUCGCUGCUGCCGCUGACGCACCACCACCAGCCGAGUGUGCGGCGCGCCGUGCGCUGGCUGGCAGAGGGCCUGCUGACGGAAUGCGCCGUCUCGCUGGCCAGCUGCGCCUGCCCGCUGCUGGAGCUGAUGAUACUGGGCAGCAGCGAUCCGCUGGCCGAGGAGCGCGCCGAGGCGGCCGCCGCCCUGUCGCGGCUGCAGGCCCACAUGACCCGGCCGCUGCUGGAACUGGUCGAGGACGAGUUCUACGCGCUGACGACUCGGCUGCCGUCGGUGGUGCGCCGCCACGAGGUGCCGGCCUCGCUGGUGCAGCUGUCGCUGCUGGAGGGCUACCUGGAUCUGCUGGGGCCGCGGGUCAGACAGCUGACCGGCUCGGCCGGCCACGUGCGCCGCCUGCUCGGCUGCCUGGUGCAGCUGGUCGAGCUGCGCACCGACGCGCCGCUCGUGCCCUACAUGGCCACUGUGGUGCCGCACGCGGACCCCCGCCGCAUGCCCGACUUCAAACGCUUCCGACACUUUGACGACGAGGAGAUCUGGCGGCGCAUCUGCUCGUCGUGCCGGCUGCUGGGGUGCCACGGCGACGUGGCCACCCUGCUGGAGCUGCUGGACACGGGCGGCGCCGAGGAGCGCGUCCUCUGGAGCCAGGUGCUGCUCGGCCAGGAGCCGGCGCUGCUGGCGGCGCGCGGUGCCAGCCCUCAGCUCGGCCUGCUGGAGCAGCUGGAGCUGGAGCCGCUGCUGGCGCUGCUGGAUCCCGACCAGCCGCCUCUGAGCCGCUGUCUGGGCCUGGAGGCGCUGGCACACGUGGCGCGCGUCACCGGCGGCCGGCACGCGGCGCUGGCCGUGCUGGCGCUGUGUCCGGUCCUGGAGGCGGCCGGCGGCGGCGAGCCGAUGGUCUCCGAGGCGGCGCGCGCCACGCUGGCGGCCAUGGCUGGAGAGCGCGGCGUGCCGGCGCUGCUGGCCGACAACGUGCGCCGGCUGGCCGUGCACGUGCGCCGGCGGCUGGCCGAGCGGCGCGGCCGCCAGGCGGCGCCGCUGCUGGCCGCCGCUCUGAUGCGCUUCUCCGGCCCGGAGGCGCUGCCGCACCUGGAGGAGACGGUGCGGGCCGUGAUGCGCGCGCUGGAUGACGACUACGAGCGGUGCGGCGCCGCCUGCCUAUCGGCGCUGCGCGCCACUGUGGACGCCGUGCUGGCCUGGUUCCCGCCGGGCGCCGCGGCCUGCGAGCCGCCGCCGGUGCCGCCGGCCGAGCGGCUGCUGGCGCACCACGCUCGCCUGCAGCGGCAGCGGGCCGAGCUGGCGCGGGCGGCAGCCGACCAGAGCACAGAGGACCCCGCCGAGGGCUUUCAGCGUUACCGGGACGAGCGGGACUCGGAGCCGGCGCCAGCGGCGGAGCCGGAGCCGGAGAGCGCCGCCGAGCCGCCGCUGCACGUACGACUGGUGCGCGACGUGGUGCUGCAGAGCGUCCACUUCCUAGACUGUGACGUAAUCGCUGUGCAGGUGGACGUGCUGAGGACAUUGUCCGGGGGCGCGCAGCUGCUGGCCGGCUGGCAGGACGAGCUGCUGCCGCUGGCGGCGCGCUGCUGGCAGCCGCUGCUGCGCUGCUGCCGCGCCGCCGACCCGCUGCUGCUGCGGCACGCCCUGCAGGCGCUGCACGCGCUGGUCGCCGGCGCUGGCGACUUCCUGCGGCGCCGGGUGUCGGGCGGGCCGCUCGGUCCGCUGCAGGCGUGGCUGGAGGCGCAGGCGGCCACCAGCGCCGCCCAGCGGCCGGCCGCCAGCUACGCGCACACGCAGGCGAGGAAGCUGCAGCUGUCCAGCCUGCAGCUGCUGGGCGACGUGGCCGUGCGACUGCGGCUGGACCCGCUGGAGGUGGGCGCGCUGCUGCGCGCGGCGCGGCCGUACCUGAGCGGCCGGCAGCCGGCGGAGCUGCAGCGCGCCGCUCUUCACCUGCUGACCACCGUGGCCGCCGCCGACGGAGACAGCGUGUGGCUGCUGCUGCGGCACGUGGUGGACGGUGCCGGCGAGCGUCCCGAGCUGCGGCCGCUCUACCGCAACGCUCGCGCCGCGCUGGACGCCCUCGGCGGCGCUGAGGAGCGCCGUGAGGCCGACACCGACAGGAGCUGAGCCCGUGACCGCCGGCCGCGGCUCCUCUGCCACCGACAGGCGAGCGAAGUGGAGCGGGUGGACCUUGUCCAGGGUUUCUCGGGGCCGACGUUACGGUUUCGGUAGGGUCGACGAUCAAUUACUGUGAUAUGGAACUGGACCUUGUUAUUGCGCCAAUCAGUUGUAAUACUAUACGAAUUUCAUAUUUCUUUGGAAGAAGUGUGCCCUUUGGCGAAGUUUACAAAGCUAGAAGUUUACGCUCGCAAACACGCUUGCUCACAAGAUGAGCACACACAUUACCAUAUGGCGAGUAUCCCACAUGUGAAACAUUUUCGCGGCAGGUUCGAAACUUGAAACUGCCAUUCCGUAAAAAUGGAACAAUCCAGAGGCAUGGGUGCCCUGAUUCCGGGUAAGGUGUGCCCAAAAUUACUUUGUGUGCCUCCUGGCUCGGGCGGCGGUGCGGUCAUAUUCCCACCUCGACACCUUGGAUCGUCGCGCUGGUAUUAGUUAGUGUAAUACAACAGUCAUUGCCAUCUAAUGCGAGCAGUGAACAGCCAUCACAAUGCUAUCGUUUAUUACACGGCACAUCGUUAACAUUAUAGUUGUACUCGUUUACA